UUUUUUUUUAAGACAACCCAUACAGACCCUUAAACAUAAACAAAGAAAGAAGAGCACUUCAAUAUCUUCACUUCUUCUGAAACCGCCUCUCUAAUUGAAUUAAAAAAAAAAAAGAAAAGGCAAUAUAAUCUUAGUUAUCCACAACUAGUGAUAGCCUUGUACAGAGGCAGCUUUUGUUUGUUCUUCUUUCUCUCUUUUUCAUUCAAACAUUUACACUUGACACUACACAAAACAGACUUUAUAAAAGGCUGUUCUUUGUUGUAACACUCUACUUGUUUUCAGAGUAUCUUUUACUUAUUUUCACCAUACAUUAUGAAUAAUAAGCAGGACUUCUUGAAAACUCAGAGUUGUGUUCUUAAAGUGAACAUACACUGUGAUGGCUGUAAAAGUAAAGUGAGGAAGAUUCUAAACAAAGUUGAUGGGGUUUAUACAACUAGUAUAGAUUCAGAACAAGGGAAGGUGACUGUAACUGGGAAUGUUGACCCUGUUGUUCUAAUCAAAAAACUUGAGAAAAAUGGAAAGCAUGCUGAAUUAUGGGGUGUUUCAAAAGGAGGUGCGAAUCAAAACAAUCAGUUUAUGAACCAAUUUAUGAAGAACUUUAGUCUUGAUGGAGGUAAAAUUGGUAAGGAUUAUAAUGAUAAUAAAGCUAAAAAGGGGGGUAAAGAACAACCUAAAGGGGGGCAAUUACAGCAGCAUGGGCACCCUCAAGCUCAACAACAAUUGCAGAAUCUUCAAUUUCUUCAGAAACUUCAACAACAACAACAAAUGAAAGGUGCUAAUAUGGGUUCCGGAAAGGACCAAAAAACGGUUAAGUUUAAUUUGCCUGAAGAUGAAUUUGAUGAUGAUGAUGAGUUCGAUGAUGAAUUUGAUGAUGAGUAUGAUGAUGAUGAUGAAUUGGAUGAUGAGAUUUAUGGUCAUCUUCAGCAUCAAUCUGGUAAGAGUAUACCCAUCAUCGGAAAAGAUGUUAAGGGGGGUGGUGGUGAUAAGAAAGGGGGAAAUGGUGGCGGCGGCGAUAAGAAAGGGAAAGAAGGUGGCAAGAAGGGCGGAGGUGGCGGCGAUAGUGGUGGUGGUGGAGGGAUGACAAGUAUAUUCAAGGGCAUUUUAGGAGGCGGGGGUGGGAAUACUGAAAAGAAGAAGGAUAAAGAUGGGAAAAAAGACGGUAAAAAAGGUGAUAAAAACAAGGGAGGAGGUGGUGAAAGUGGUAAAAAUUAUGGUGGGUUUGACGGCAAAUGUGAAAAAAGCGGUGGGUUUGAUGGUAAAGGGGGUAAAAGCGGGCCAAAUGGUGGUGGUAAAAAGAGUGCAAAUGAUGAUGGCUUUCCUCAAAUGGGCCAAAUGGGCCAAGCAGCUGCAGGGUUGCGAGCGAUGCCCAUGAUGGGUGGCAAUGGUGGUGGUGGAUUUAACCCAGGGAUGGGUCCGGGCCAAAGCCCGAACCCAGGACAGUAUAAUCCUCAACAGCAGCAGUACAUGGCAAUGAUGAUGAACCAGCAAAGAAUGAACGGUGGAGAUGGAUACGGAAUGAUGCGUCAACCAAUGAAUGCAUCAUCAAUGAUGUAUGGAAGGCCACCAAUGGGUGUUGGGUAUGGACCUCCCAUGGUCCCUCCCCCAGGAUAUCAUGACCCUUACACUUCCUAUUUCAGUGAUGAGAAUACUGAGAGUUGCAGCAUUAUGUAAAUUCUUAAAUCUCUGUAAUUUUUAGUUUUUAAUUUUGGUUAUUUUUUAUUUUGAAGAUAAUGUUUAAUUAAAAUUUAGAUUAGAUAUUUCCAAAAAAAAUUAAAAUUUAGUGUGAUUAAUUAGUGUUA